CAGAGUGGAGCUGGAGGAGGUGCUGAAGAGUGAGGCCAGUGGAGACUUUGAAAAGGCCCUCCUGGCUCUGUUUAGGACCAGCAGAGACACCAGUACAGAGGUGGACAUGCAGCUGGCUCAGAAGGAUGCCGAGAUUCUGUUUGAAGCGGGGGAGAAACAGAAAGGGACCAAUGUGGAUGCCUUCAUCAAAAUCCUGACCACUCGCAGCACAGCCCAGCUCUCCAAGACGUUCCAGAGGUACGCCUCUCUGAGCGACCUGUCCCUGCCCAAGGCCCUGCAGUUAGAGCUCAGCGGAGACGUGGAGGACUGUCUCGUGGACAUCGUCAAAGUGUGCUGGAACACACCGGCUUUCUUCGCAGAGAAACUACAUGAGGCCAUGAAGGGCCAUGGCACAUGUGAGCAAUCUUUGAUCCGAGUGCUCGUGAGCCGCUCUGAGCUGGACCUGAAGAAGAUCGUGGAGGAGUACUACGCCAUGUACAACCGCCACCUGCAGGAGGACAUUGUGAGGGACACAAAGGGACACUACCAGAAGGUGCUGCUGGGACUGUGUGGACCCAUCUGACCUCUGGACCUGUCCACCUCCAUCUCCACAUAUUCAUCUCCACCUGUCCACCUCCACAUAUUCAUCUCCACCUGUCCACCUACAGCAGGGACAUCCAACCAUCUCCCACUGAAGACACUAGAAGAGAGAAGUGUGACGUCCAUUUGACUGGACACUUUGUAAGUCCUCAAAGAUUCCAACGAUCAUCAUCAAGGAAUUUCAAAAAAGAGCAAAAAUUAAUCUGCACUCUUUAUGUUUCAUAAUACAUCUCUUGUUAUUUAAUUGAUAUUGAGUCAAUUUAUUCUAACUAACCAGAGGCACUGCUCUGUCUGCUCUGUUAGACUUAAAACAAAUUAAAUCAGAUUAAACACAAUGGACGAGGUGAGCUGAAUACAGUCACAAGCUUGCUAGCAUUAGCCAACAGUUUUUCUGUGUGCCACUCUCACCUUUUUUGUGUAAAAUCAAACUCUUAAACAGGACCAUGGACGCUUGGAUUGUUCUCACGCUCCUGGUGCUGUUUAAAUCCAUUUAAUAUUUUUUCCUUUCAUUUUCAGAAAAUCUAAAAUCUUACAGGCGCCGUUUGCUAAUGUGUGCAUGCUGUCACCAUGGAAAGUGCUGAACAUUCCUCCAUAGACAUACAUGCAGAAAUUGUCAAAUGUACUUAGUUAGAACACUUGAAUGCCUGCAUAAAAUGUAUUUUGUAAUGAUUCUGUUACAUGGUCCGAACAGAGUACUGUAAUCUGAAUUGCAUUACAUUAUAUGGUAAAAAAAAACAGAGAAUUAAAACAGCUGUAUGUUACUGUCACUGUUUCCUUCUUUUCCUGUGAUCCUUUUACGUUUUUUCUAUAUUUGUAUUUUUGGAGAAUGGCCUCUCAAUUUGCAAUGUGCCUGUCAUAUUAAAACAAGAUGUUUUGUUUAGCUUUGACAAAGGUCAUACUUGUGGGAUAAAACAAUCUGUUUAUUACCCAUGCAAAAUGUUACAUUCAUAAAAGUUAAAAGCAAAAACAACAUCUUGUACGUGAGCAUGAAUGAUUGAAAUGGACAGACAGAGAAACGACUAACCAAAAUGGGCAAUAAAUAAGCAAAGCCACAGAAUAUCUUAUGGCUAUUUCAGUUCUUUCAAGUGGUGUUGGACUUGAAUUUUUGCCUCUUUUUUCUUUUGUUAUUGUACUUUUUUUUUUUUUUUUUCAAGGAACUGUAUGUAAGAUUUUAAAUUCCAUAAACAUGGCCUCUCUGUGUCUCCAGAUACAGGGAACAUGUUCAAAUCAAAUAUAGAGUUUACUGAUCCCAACUGUAAUGCUGAUUUAUUCUUGAUUAUACAAAUGUUGGACAUGGUGGCUGCAUUGUUUAUGUUAUAAUUUGGUGUCGUGGUUCUCAUAAUGAUUCUCCAAUCAGGGAGUAGAGUGAGCCUCACAUGAGUCUCUCAUUUGGGAUGCCAGUUUCAAAGCUGAAUUACAGUUGUUUUAAAACUAAAAUGCCUCUCUCUGAUCUGAAUGGCCACUGCCUAAACCGCAGCACCUGCAGCCAUCAUGACUCAGUGCUAGUGCAGCCUCUGCAGAUCAGGGAGUGAAUUCUGGAGGUUCUUUCACAUGAGGCCUGUCCAUAAACUGAAAAUGAGAAUAACUUGUAUGUGUCCUCUAUGUGCAGGUUAAAGUUGUGAUUGUAGUAAGAACGCAGGUUAUAUACAGUUCUUUAAGUCUUUACUUGCUGAGGAAACUGCAACAGAUUUUUCCAUCACCUUAUGAUAUUACGCUCUCUAGUGAGCAUAGGAGGAGACUACAGCAUGGUCUUCACUGCCUGUACUUUUUGUUGGUUGUCCCCUGAGACAAUGUCUCGCCAAAAUAUUUUGGAAGGACAUUUCUUGUGAUUGACAUGUUGCAUUUCGUCUUAUAUGAAUAUAUCAUUGCUGGUUUUGUAAAUAGAACAGUAAGCAUAAACAAAGAGCCUUAGUCUUCAUGUAUUGUUAUAUGUUUCUUAUAUUCAAAGGGCUGAAUAGGUUUAGUCUCAGCUGAAACUGGAGACAGAAGCUGUUUACAGUUUCAGUGUGCUUAGCCCCUCCCCUCAGAUAGAUUUAAGGCAGUGGCCACCAGCGAUCUGACCAGAACUGAAGAAGCGGCUUGGAUGAGCAGCGAAACGUCUUCACUCCUACAAGAUUUGUCCAGUUGACAGAUUUAACUUCGUUAUUUGCUUAUAUUCAAAUGCACAUUUUCUUCAAAGACUUUGAACCAUAUCUUGAAUCAAUCUCAAGUGCUGACAAUAAAAAUGUAUAAAAUCUG